GCUCAAGUGGAUGCCAAUCAAAGCAUCAACUUCAAAUUGUAUCUGAAAGAUCAGCCCAGGACCUAAGGGCAGACACAUCAGUUGGAGCUCAAUUGUUGAUCAGAUCACAUCUAAGGGAUUUAGGCGCACAGAAGAGCCGAGAUUUGAGGGGGGGAAAAAAGACACCCUAUCCAGCCCACACACCUCUCCCCUUCUUCCCAUCCCAGCUCUCUCUAUAGAAUACAGCUCUGCACCCAGAGAGAGGGAGAGACCAGGGGGCUGAACGCUGCACUGCUCACUUUUUGGCCAGGAGUUUGGUCUCCUGUUUCUUCCAGUGCUGUGUUCCUGCAGCCCAGCCCUCCCUGCUGUUGUGCCGGAGAAUCAGCGCUUCCUUCCCCUGCCGGAGAGAGAGAGAGCCUGAGGCAGAGACAUGUCCUUCCCGCAGCUGGGCUACCCCCAGUACCUCAGCGCUGGUCAGGCGGCUAUCUAUGGAGGGGACCGGCAGGGGGUUCUGGCCGCAGCAGCCGCGGCAGCAGCAGCAGCGGCCGCAGCCGGAUCAGGGAGGCCUGCAGGGUCGGAGCUGGGCAGCACUUCCACCGCCGCUGUCACCUCUGUGCUGGGCAUGUACACCAGUCCCUACAGCACUCCCAACUACAGCGCCUUCCUGCCCUACACCACCGAUCUCACACUCUUCUCUCAGAUGGGAUCACAGUAUGAACUUAAGGAUAACCCUGGAGUCCAUCCAGCUGCCUUUGCUGCACAUACUGCCCAAGGUUAUUACCCCUAUGGGCAGUUUCAGUAUGGUGAUCCAGGACGACCGAAGAAUGCCACCAGGGAAAGUACCAGCACGUUGAAGGCCUGGCUGAAUGAGCACAGGAAGAACCCUUACCCCACCAAGGGUGAGAAGAUCAUGCUGGCCAUUAUCACCAAGAUGACCCUUACUCAGGUCUCCACCUGGUUUGCCAACGCCAGGAGGAGGCUGAAGAAAGAAAACAAGGUGACGUGGGGCGCUCGGAGUAAGGAAGAUGGCAAUCUUUUUGGAAGUGACAAUGAAGGGGACCAUGAGAAAACUGAAGACGACGAGGAAAUCGACCUGGAGAGCAUAGAUAUUGAUAAAAUAGACGAUAACGACGGAGAACAGAGUAACGAAGAGGAUGACGAUAAAUCGGAUCACAUGAGGCCGGGCGACAAAGAAAGUUUAAAAAAGGAAAGCGUGGUGAUGCUGGCCGGGACUGAUGGACUUACAUCUAAGGACUCUUUGUCACUGGUGAAAGAAAACUCUGACUCCAGCAACACCAGAAUUGUGAGCCCCGGAGGACAGGGGAAUUUACAAGAACCUCCUCAUAACAAACCAAAAAUCUGGUCUUUGGCAGAGACAGCAACCAGCCCUGAUGGUGCCCUAAAGUCUUCUCCUUCACCACCUCAAGUAAACCAUACAUCUCCACCUAUUCAGCAUCCUGCUUUCCUACCUAGCCAUGGACUAUACACAUGCCAGAUUGGCAAAUUCCACAAUUGGACAAAUGGCGCUUUCCUCACUCAGAGUUCCCUAAUUAAUAUGAGGUCCUUGUUAGGAGUGAAUCACCAUCACGCUUCUCAUCACAAUCACCACCACCUCCAGGCCCACCAACAAGCACCCCUCAUCACAGCCAACCUGGGAGCACUCAGCAGCGACAAAACCACAGAAAGAACCAGUCUUAAGCACACAGACAGAGAAAAUGUUCCAAGGACCGACUCUCCUCCACAGCUAAAAUCUUCCUUUCAGGCUGUUCGUGAAAACUCUUUGUCACAGCAGGACGGAACACCUCGUAUAUUAACGGCCCUUCCUUCUGCCUGAUUGUUGAAUCAUCAACAGUGAUUAAGAGACUGUUUAAACAAUAUGGACGAUAAUGGGUAUUAUAUAAAUGACUGAAUCUCUUUUUGCAAUAAGGUGGUGUAAAUCCCCCUCCGCCCUCUCCCAAAAAGGAAAACAAAUAAAUAACCACCGAGACGAUUUUACAAAUCUGUAGUUGGAUUCCUCUCCGCUGUACCAUUUCUGAUCCCAGUAAUUCUAACAAUUCUUGGAUUAUUCAUUUUUUUGGUAUCUUGUUCUCAUGUCUGUGUUUUCUUCUGUAUAUAACGUGAUCUCAAAUUGUAAAUAGCGCGUCAACAAACUUGUCUAAAUCAUAUAUUUUUGUCUAAUAAACUAAAUGAAAUUAUGAAAAAAAAAAAUAUAUAUAUUUUUACCUUUUACCAUAAUUCUCCUAUAUUGGUUAUAUACGUCAAGUCAAGUCGUUAUUUUGUGUAAAGAGGGACAGUUUUAGGACCUCCCCUCACACACACACACAUACAGAAACACACACACUCGUGAUUUAACCAAUUUCCAUUUUAAUGUCAGUCAUUAUAAAGUGAAAGGGGUAGGUUGAAACAAUUUGUCACGCUUUAGUAUAUGGUGAUUACUGCUAUGCAGCAGUUGGAACAAUCUGGUCUCUUGUAUAAUUUCUUUUCACGUCUCCUGCAAGUGUUUUUUUUUUCUCGUUCUGUUUUGUUUAUUUGUUUUUUUCCUACUGAGAUAUCUGUGAAAUUGUUUUCGAACUGUGGUCUUUCAAAUAUUGAUUACAAUUUAGCUUUAUGGAUUUUAAAUAAGGGAUUUUAAAAACAAUUGUUGAGCUAAUCCCUGUGGAGUGGCAGUUAACACCUAGGCGGCUCAUAAGGUAACAGACAUUUAUGGUCCAAGUUAACAAAGAGGAAAGACAGCUAGAAAAGAUUUUAUUUAUUUAUUUUUUGCUGUCAUAAAAAAAGUAUUGGUAGGCAUAAGCACAACAGUUAGAUUUAAUGAGAAUGCAUAGAGCUAAGUGUAAGAUUAGGAAAACAGAAGUGUUAUAAAGCCAGGGUGUGCGGAC